AUGAUCUCCGAAGACCAAGGGGCCACAGAAUCCUCCCCACUGUUGCGCGACAUUGACCCAGAAGCAGCAAGCAAUUCCAAGAAUUCAGGAUGGCGACAAGAAUUAGCAAUCAUCUCACGAUAUUCCGCCCCGCUCAUGAUAUCGCUUCUACUUCAACAUGCAUUGAGCGGUUCUAGCAUCUUCAUGGUGGGCCACCUAGGGAAACGAGAAAUCGGGGCCGUGAGCUUAGCCAACAUGACUGUCCAGAUCACUGGAUUUUUUGUCUUCCAAGGGCUAGCAACAUGUUUGGAUACCUUAUGUCCUCAAGCAUAUGGUUCAGGGAACCUGACCAUGGUCGGGCUGCAUGUUCAGCGACUGACGCUUUUCAUGCUCGUCCUUACAAUCCCAAUUGGAGCUAUAUGGUGGAAUGCGGAUCGAAUCUUUCUUCUCAUCCUACCGUCUGAAUCCCAGGAGACGGCUCUUCUCGCAGGAUUGUAUCUGAAAAUUGCCAUCGCCGGCGCUCCCGGUUAUGCUUGCUUUGAGUCCGGAAAGCGAUUUUUCCAGGCACAGGGAUUGUUCAGUGCUAGUCUGAGACUGCAAUGGGGCUUUAUCGGUGCACCUAUCGCCGUUGCGAUCGCAAACAGUCUUCUGCCCGUAUUUCUAGCCUUCUAUGUCAUCUUCAUCAAGGGCUCUGAAUGCUGGCACCCCAUUUCUUUCGAGGUGUGGCGCGGCUGGGGUCCAAUGUUGCAGCUUGCCAUCCCGAGUUGGCUAAUGAUCGAAGCCGAGGUCCUCGCAUGGGAAUUCAUGACCAUUAUUUCGUCCCGUCUAGGUGCAACUGAGCUUGCGGCCCAGGCUGCUAUAUCGACACUUUCAGACUUUGCAUUCCAAAUCUCGUUUUCCAUCGCUGUUGCUGGUGGCACACACAUUGCCUAUCUGAUCGGAGCAGGCUUCCUCCAGCGUGCGGCAACAGCAGCCAAGGUCAUGGUCCUUGCUGCCUUUGGUGCUGGCAUAUCAAAUAUGCUUGUGAUCCUUGCUCUCAGGAGUGUCAUUCCGGGCUUAUUUAGUGAUAUCGGUGAGGUCUGGCAGUACAUCUUCUUAUUGCUUCCAUUGGGUGCCGUUGUUCAAAUUCCAGACGCCGUGGCCACUUCUCUCAAUAGCUUACUGCGGGCUGUGGGACGACCGGAUCUGGGGAGCUACGUUCAGCUCUCAAUCUACUACCUCGUGGGAUUGCCUUUGGGCAUUGCUUUCGCAUUUGGCUUGCACUGGAGCAUUUUUGGGCUAUGGUGUGGAAUCCUUAUCGGCCAGUCGAUCAUUGUGUCGAUCGAGGGCUUUUAUUUCUGGAAAAUGGUGGACUGGGAGAAGGCAUCCCGAGAAGCGGUAGAUCACUGCAUCGCCCAGCAAUCCACCAUGGAUGCCGCCGAGGAUCGAGACGUGAAGCUUCAACGGGCCUCCGGGGAUUUGGUGUCCGAGUUUUCCGCAAAGCUUCCCUCGCUAUUGUGGAGAGCCCAAAAUGGCACUCCCCUCCGCACCCCACGUAAAUGGGCGCAGGUCACCAAAACGAACAAGCUUGUUAACCUUCUUGAACCCUUUCAAGAAUGGCCUCAACUCUUAGAUCCACAUUUGCAGACAUUGCUGCCUCCUUUAGUGGACGCUUUUCUAGCGUAUCUGAUCAAGCACCGCACUCAGUAUGGCUCUGUGUCGACGAAGUCAUCUCAAGCAAGGAAUCUGUUCCCCCUACCAAGAGCCAUCUGCAGAUUACUUUACACUUUCUGCAAAGUCCGUGGCGUCAAAGUGAUUAGCAGAUUCUUAAACAAUGAGCCGAAAUACCUAGAUUCGAUGCUUCGGGCCUUCAUCGAAUGGGAUGCGAUACGGCCAAAUUCCGAAGAACUGGUCGAAUCUGGAACCCAGCGACUCAUCUGGGAAGAACGCUACGUGAUGCUGGUCUGGCUUUCGCAUCUUCUACUUGCUCCUUUUGAUUUGUCGUCCUUAUCAUCAGAUAGUAUUCCGGUGCCAUAUGAUAAUCUACAACAGUUAACUUGGCUACCAUCUGAGACUCCUAUGAUUGCCCAGUCGCUUCUUUCCCUGUCGUUGCACUAUAUUGGUGCGUCGGGAAAAGAACGUGAGGCAGCCACGGCACUUUUGGCACGAUUGGCUUUACGCGGAGACAUGCAAGCUCUCGGUAUGCUUGCAGGUCUGACAAAGUGGUCAUUCGCUAUAGUACAACCGACGGGGAACAUCGACUCGCCCUCUGUCUAUGCUUGUAUCGGGGUCCUCACAUUCAUUGCUCGCUUGUGCGCAUCGGGUCAGGUAGAGGACUUUGCUCCCCUGGUCAAUUCUGUCUUCCAGCAGACUCUCAGUGUAUUUCAAGAGAAGUCUUCAGUAUCUGCGACAAUCCAGUCUUCGGCGUUGGCUAGAAAGAUCGUUGUCAAGAUCCUUCGCAACAUUACAGUCAUGGCCUUGUCCUUGAGUGAGCGAGGCGACGCCCACAUCACUGAUUAUCAGUUAUCGACCAUACUUGAAGAUGCAAUUGAUCAUUUCUUGGUCUCCUUGGCCGACAAAGAUACACCCGUGCGAUUUGCAGCGAGCAAAGCACUCAGCAUCAUCACUUUGAAAUUGGACCCAGAGAUGGGGACGGAGGUCAUUGAAGCGGUUAUUGGCUCGCUGGGAGAAAACAUUCUCUAUGAAAAAGAUGAUGGCUCCCUCGUGACGCCAUUUGAAGCCAGGAAGAUUGGCACACACACCCUUAAACGUAAUCUCAGUGCAGUCGAUGCCCAGCAAUGGCAAGGAUUAAUCCUGACACUGUCACAUUUACUUUUCCGCCGAGCACCUCCUAUUCCCCAGCUUCCUGAAAUUCUUCAAUCACUUGUGUCUGGUCUAGGCUUCGAGCAAAGAUCUUCUACUGGUGGUUCUGUGGGAACUGGGGUUCGAGAUGCGGCAUGCUUCGGUAUUUGGGCUAUUUCCCGGAAGUAUACAACACGAGAACUCCUGGCUUUGCAGCCCCAGUUGGUGGCGUCGCAAUCUGGCCAGAAGGAGGUCGAUGUUCUGCAAAAGCUGGCCGUGGAACUCAUCUGUGCUGCCUGUAUCGAUCCUUCUGGGAACAUCCGACGCGGGUCGUCUGCUGCGCUACAAGAGUUGAUUGGUCGCCACCCUGAUACCAUCGCGCAGGGCAUUCCUCUCGUUCAGGUUGUAGAUUAUCAUGCCGUUGCACGACGUUCUCGUGCACUUACCGAUGUUGCAAAAGCAACAGCGUCUCUGGAUCAAAUUUACUGGAGUCCACUUCUGGACGCUUUGAUGGGAUGGAGAGGUAUUGGUUCUCCAGAUGCCGAGUCCAGAAGACAUGCGGCUAAGUCCAUUGGAACGUUGAGUACACAGGAGCUAUUCAAAACCAUGAAGUUGGUCCUGGAUAAAUUGCUGCAAACUUUCUCCAGCAUCUCUCGGAAUGAUGUGGAAUCACGCCAUGGCUGUCUGUUGUCUAUUGCUGCUACGAUCGAUGCUUUUAUUUUACAUUGGGAAGCAUCCGCAGAGAAGAGAGAUACCCCGGAAGCCAGGGCUGUUUCCACUCAAGUGGCCAACAUCUGGGAUAUAUUUGGUUCUGUCUCAGGCCCUACCAAUGACGACUUAACCUUCCAGACUUCACGCCCCGAAUUGACAGCAGAGGCAUCUUCCUGUUUGAUCUACUCGCUCUCUCGGUCUGCCCUCGCAACAGAUCUAGCUCAACCUUUAGAACCACUUUUGAAUCGAGCACUCCAAAUUCUAUCCCUCUGUGUUUCCCGAAGUGACGAUAUCUCGAUUGAAACAUCUUCAUCCGCCUUGGCGCAACUAUUUCCUCUUCUAUCGCGAUCAAAGCAGCAAGAAACCGUGCGUUUUUGGUUCGCCCAUCUCCGUACUUCAUGGAGAUUACCGGCAGGCCGUGGUCAAAUUCUAGCACUCGGUACAGUGUUCAGGCAAUUUGGAGCACAAAGUGAUGUCCAAGAAGACAUCGUGACCGAGAUUCUUCGUUACACCGGGGAGGAAGAACUCAUCGAGAAACGAGUUGCUGCUGUAAAAUGCUUGUCCACCAGCAUCUUGCCAUUUAUGACUACCACCGACACAAUUGCGAGCAAUUUUGUCGAAUUCUUGAAUGAUUAUACCACUGAUAGAAGAGGUGAUAUUGGGUCUCUUAUUCGAGUUGAGGCAAUCCAGGCAGUCGGCAUCUUGCUUCAAAGACAAUCGAACUCUACACCACGCUCGACACCUGUUCAAACUUUGGUUGGGUGUCUUUGCCGUCUUGCAUGCGAAAAGCUCGACAAGGUCAGACUGCAAGCAUGGAUUUCUCUACAAAAUUUCUGGGAAUCAGCAAGUGAUCUCCCUCCACUUGAAAAGAAAUUCGAGCACUUCAGCCAUGUUUCGUCACAAGAGUACUUUGCUCAACUACUUACUUUGCAGGAAGUUGACUGGCUUCGUCUUCCACUGUUACAAGGACUGGCUACUUCUGCUAUUUCAGGAGCAGAAGGUCUUGUUCGAGCAUCUCGCUCAGCUCUGACGCAGUUGCUCUAUUCCAAAGCUGAACCCCGACGCCAGGAGAUAUUGAUGGUUUUCUUGCAGGAUCUUUCAACGGUACUGAGUGACAACCUACAAGAUGACCGUUUUGCCAUUCCAGCCGUCGAAUUUGUUGCAUUUUUAAUUGACAGUUACAUCCCUGUUAUCCCGGAAGGCUCAGAUCCAAGGAUUGACUCCUUGCGAGAUAGUGUCUUGAAGAAGAUGACCGGACUGCUUUUGCAUCCUUUCCCAAGGGUCCGAUCAAGCGCUGCAGAGUAUCUAUUUGUUGUGACAGAUUCUGAGAUUGCCAAAUACGAAGACUGGUCUGCGUCGCCUAAAAAGCUGAAGCCCCAGGUGGAUAAUCUGAAGGUCACCAUUUCUCUGGAGGGAUAA